AGUUCGACUUCUUUCAUCUGAAAAUGGACAGGAGUAGUGGUUUAGGGCUGGAAACGGAGCUGAGGCUGGGGCUUCCCGGCGGUGGUGAAGUGGAGAAGAAUGAGAAGAAAAGGGCGUUUUCUGAUAUCUCCGGUGGGGAGGAGAAGGCGGCGGCGGCGGCUGGUGCGGGGAACAAUAAGAAUCAGGUGGUAGGGUGGCCGCCGGUGUGCGCUUACCGGAGGAAGAACAGCUUUAAUGGGGUGAAAAUGUACGUGAAAGUUAGCAUGGACGGCGCCCCGUUUCUGCGCAAGAUUGAUUUGAGCAGUCAUAAAGGGUACUCCGAUCUUCUUAUGGCUCUUGAACAACUCUUCGGCUGUUUUGGCAUUGCGGAGGCAUUGGAAGAUGCAGACAAGUGUGAGUACGUUCCCAUCUAUGAGGACAAAGAUACCGACUGGAUGCUCCUUGGAGAUGUCCCUUGGGAGAUGUUUAUAGAGUCAUGCAAAAGGCUGAGGAUCAUGAAGAGAUCAGAUGCGAAGGGUGCAAAGGACCUCCUCAAGGCACUGGCAGCCAAGGAGGACUACUCAUCACUUUUGAAUUAAUUAAUAUCAUUUUCUUUUUUGUAUUUUUGUUUCAAGUGAGAAUUAAUUAAUAUAUAUAUCUAGGAAGGACAUAUCCGUCAUUUUACCACCUCAUGUAAGGACAAGGGUUGUUCCAUGCAGCCCAUAGUUGUCAUAAUAUUCUUUGUAUCAUCAAUCACUACUUAUUAGUAUGGAUUUAUGCUAGGUGAGAUAUGUUAUAACUAAAUACAGACACUUUGGAUUUAAUUACAAGAGUUGCCUAGCUAUUUAUA